AGCGCUGUAUAAGUAUCUACUGUAUGCUGUAUUAGUGAGGAGUCGUGUGGUCUGAUGGGGAAGAUGUAGUGUUUUUAUAAAAAUGAGAACGGAAGGGUUAUCCCAAAAACAAAAUGAAUAAUUACGAGAACGUCUUUAACGUUCGGAAUUUAAAAUUAUGAAUCUUGGACCGAUGAGGCGUUUAGUUGGAUUUUUAUUAUUAUGUUUGGUCAUUUCUGUAAUUUGCUCUGUAUUCAUAGCAUUUUCAACUUUUUCUUCAUGCUCAUGUGAUAAACUUCAAAAUGAUAAUCUGUAUCAAUUGAACAGAAUCUCAAAUUGGGGACCACAUCAGUUAGCUGUAAUUGUGCCAUUCCGUAAUCGAUUUGAAGAAUUAUUACAAUUUUCACCUUAUAUUCAUCGUUUUUUAAAUAACCAACAGAUUCGUCAUAAAAUUUAUGUUAUAAACCAAGUAGACAAUUUAAGAUUUAACCGAGCAUCAUUAAUUAAUGUUGGUCAUUUAUUGAGUCGUUCUGAAUGUGAUUAUUUAGUCAUGCAUGAUGUGGAUCUUUUGCCAUUGAAUCCCAAUUUAAGCUAUUCAUAUCCAGAAAGUGGUCCUUAUCAUAUUGCUGCGCCUGAAUUGCAUCCUAGAUAUCAUUAUUCGACUUUUGUUGGCGGCAUCCUUCUUUUGACGAGGGAACAUUUUGAACUUGUAGUAACUCGUCCAAAAGGAAUAGUAACAGGUCCUAAGAAUACUUUUCUUCAUAUCCAUGAUCACAAAAGUCGAAGAAGAGAUACAGCACGACUUUUUAAUCAGAAAGAGGCUACAAGACGUCGAGACCGAUUAACUGGACUGACCACAGUAAAAUAUACAGUGGUCAACAGACAUGAAUUAGUGAUAGGCACUGCCCCUGUUUUUGUAUACAAUGUCAAACUUGUCUGUAACUAUACUUUGACGCCUUGGUGCGAGCAUAAAUAUAUACCAAAAAAAUUAUAAUUACAUGAUGAAAAAUAGUUCUAAGAAAAUGACGGUGCUCUUGUUUAUCCAAAGAAUUAUUAAAAGUUGUUUAUAAUAUUUA